AUGGAGGGGGUGACUGGCGUUUCCGCAUGGAUAUACGUCGUAGUGUUGACGUCGAUAGCGGUCGUGUACACGUCACUAGGCGGAAUUAAAGCGGUCGUGGUAACAGACGUAGUCCAAGGCGUGAUCAUGAUAGGUAUGAUAUUUGCCAUACUCAUAUGCGGCUGCAUUCGCGUUGGAGGCGUGUCUGAAGUGAUUGAGAUCAACAGACAAACUGGUAGAUUACAGAUAUUCGACUUCGACCCUAACCCGUACAAGCGGCACACAUUCUGGAUAUGCGCAGGCAUCUCUUUAAGUCCUCCAAUAGUACAGCGCCUGAACUCCACCCGUUCUAUAGGGGAUGCAAAAAAGGUCGCGGCCAUGUCGAUUCCAUGUUUUGUGAUAUUGCAGAUUCUCGUCAUGUGCGAAGGUCUAGUGGCGUAUGCAUACUUUUUACAGAAAGGCUGCGAUCCUAUUGCGUCGCAACAGAUAUCAAACCCUAACCAAAUAAUACCCUAUCUUGUGACUGAUUUGUUUGCUGGCGUUCCCGGUAUAACUGGACUGUUCCUUGCCGCGUUGUGCAGUGCAUCGCUUAGUACCAUCUCAUCGUUGCUCAGCUCUAUUUCAGCCGUCACUUCCGAGGACUUUAUCAGACCGCGGUUUAAGAAAGCAUCUGAACAGUCGCUUACGCAAUUUUCAAAAAGCGAUUCAAUGAUGCGUGACGGGAACGAUCCAACCAAGCAUGACCGGACACAAUAG